UUUGUUCUUCAUUCUCCAAAACCGAGACCCCUCUCUCUCUCUUUCUCUCUCUCUCUCUCUCUAUCUCUAUCGAAGCCUCCAACUUUCUCUCUCAUCGCUCUGCGUUACCUCGCCGGAAUCUCGCCGUAUCUGUCGCUGGAAAGAAACGAUUGAAGAAAGGGCCCCCUUGUCCAGUCAUGGUUUCAAGAUCUUAUGCUAAUCUCUUAGACUUAGCUGGUGGAGACUUGCUUGAUAUUCCUCACACCCCAAGAGCUCUUCCGAGGGUUAUGACUGUUCCUGGAAUUAUUUCUGACCUGGAUGGUUAUGGUUGUAAUGAUGAGGAUUCAGAUGUUAGCUCUUCUGGAUGUAGGGAGCGAAAAAUCAUUGUGGCAAACAUGUUGCCAUUGCAGGCUAAAAGAGAUACAGAAACUGCUAAAUGGUGCUUCAGUUGGGACGAGGAUUCAAUUUUAUUACAAUUAAAAGAUGGUUUUUCGUCUGAUAUUGAGGUAAUUUAUGUGGGUUCCCUCAAGGCCGAAAUAGAUGCAUGUGAGCAGGAAGAAGUUGCUCAGAGAUUGCUGGAUGACUUCAACUGUGUACCUACCUUUCUACCCCAUGAUCUCCAGAAAAGGUUUUACCUUGGCUUUUGUAAGCAGCAACUUUGGCCUCUCUUUCAUUAUAUGCUACCCAUAUGCCCAGACCAUGGUGACCGCUUUGAUCGCUUGCUUUGGCAGGCUUAUGUUUCUGCAAACAAAAUAUUUGCUGACAAGGUCAUGGAAGUAAUUAAUCCUGAUGAUGAUUUUGUUUGGGUUCAUGAUUAUCACUUGAUGGUUUUGCCUACUUUCUUGAGGAAGCGGUAUAAUCGGGUUAAACUUGGGUUCUUUCUUCAUAGUCCUUUCCCUUCUUCUGAAAUUUACAGAACUUUACCAGUAAGGGAUGAAAUCUUGAGAGGCCUUGAUUACUUUGGUCGCACUAUAUUUAUUAAAAUUUUGCCAGUAGGCAUUCACAUGGGUAGGCUUGAAUCUGUAUUAAAUCUUCCUUCUACAUCUGCUAAACUGAAAGAGGUACAGGAAGAGUUUAAGGGUAAAAAAGUAAUUCUUGGUGUCGAUGACAUGGAUAUUUUUAAGGGAAUCAGUCUGAAACUUCUAGCUGUGGAGCAGCUGCUGCAGCAGAAUCCAGAUUUGCAGGGCAAAGUUGUAUUAGUUCAAAUUGUAAAUCCUGCAAGGGGCUUAGGGAAGGAUGUUCAAGAAGCUAAGAAGGAAACAUAUUUAAUUGCCCAGAGGAUCAAUGAUACAUAUAGUUCAAAUCAAUAUCAGCCAGUUAUUCUGAUUGACCGCCCUGUUCCGCGCUUUGAGAAGAGUGCCUAUUAUGCUGUAGCUGAAUGUUGCAUUGUCAAUGCUGUAAGGGACGGUAUGAACUUAGUUCCAUACAAAUAUAUUGUCUGCAGGCAGGGAACUGCAAAAAUGGAUGAAGCAUUAGGUAGAAAAAGUAAUUCUUCUCAUACAAGCAUGCUUGUUGUGUCUGAGUUCAUUGGUUGUUCACCUUCGCUUAGUGGGGCAAUCAGGAUCAAUCCCUGGGAUAUAGAUGCUGUGGCUGAUGCUCUGAAUUCAGCCCUUACAAUGAGUGAUUCAGAGAAGCAUUUGCGCCACGAGAAACAUUAUCGGUAUGUCAGCUCUCAUGAUGUGGCAUAUUGGGCACGAAGUUUUAUGCAGGAUUUGGAGAGAGCUUGCAAAGAUCAUUACACCAAAAGGUGCUGGGGGAUUGGUUUGGGCUUGGGUUUUAGAGUUGUUUCACUUUCUCAUGGUUUUAGAAAGUUGUCAAUUGACCAUAUUGUUUCAGCAUACAAGAGAACCAAUAGAAGGGCCAUUUUUCUUGAUUAUGAUGGUACAGUUGUACCACAAUCGUCUAUAAUAAAUAAAAUCCCCAGCCCUGAAGUCAUAUCGGUCUUAAAUGCUCUGUGUAAUGAUCCCAAGAAUAUUGUGUUUAUUGUCAGUGGGAGGGGAAAAGAUUCACUGAGUGAUUGGUUUACUUCAUGCCAAAUGCUGGGACUUGCAGCUGAACAUGGAUACUUUUUAAGGUGGAAUAGAGAUUCAGAAUGGGAAACCAGUCACUUGGCUGCAGACCUUGACUGGAAAAAUAUAGUGGAACCUGUCAUGCAGUUGUACACAGAAGCAACAGAUGGAUCUCAUAUUGAAACUAAGGAAAGUGCUUUGGUGUGGCAUCAUCAAGAUGCAGACCCUGAUUUUGGUUCUUGCCAAGCCAAAGAAUUGUUGGAUCACUUGGAAAGUGUGCUUGCUAAUGAACCAGCAGUUGUUAAGAGAGGCCAGCAUAUUGUCGAAGUUAAGCCACAGGGAAUAAGCAAAGGUUUGGUGGCUGAAAAGGUUCUUUUGAGCAUGGUUAAUGGUGGUAAUCCACCAGAUUUUGUACUUUGCAUUGGAGAUGAUAGGUCUGACGAGGACAUGUUUGAGAGCAUUUUGAGGACAGUUUCGUGCCCAUCAUUACCAUCAGCUCCAGAGAUCUUCGCCUGCACUGUUGGUAGGAAGCCUAGCAAGGCCAAGUAUUUUCUUGAUGAUGCUGCUGAUGUAGUAAAGUUGCUUCAGGGCCUUGCUGCUUCAUCUAAUCCAAAGCCCAGGCAUCUUCCCCAAUUCCAGGUCUCUUUUGAGAGCACAGUUUGAGUUAGACAGCAUUAUUCGUUCAUAGUGCUGCUCUACUUGUCGAGGAUUCUUCUCAUGUGAAUCAGAAAUUUUUGGUUAUUAAUCUUAACCUGACAUAUGGUGCGACCUUGCUGUUGCGGAUCUGAUUCUUUUUGGGCUCCUGAACCGGUUUGCAAGGUAUCUGGAAUGUUUUUGUUAAAUAGUGCGGUUCAUGGAUGUCUGACAAUUCUUCUCUUGUACAUGGUAACAUCAAUUGUUAUAUUUGCUGGUGCCACCGAGAGCUUUAGUUCUGCUUGGAAUUGUUAGACUCGAUCGCUAUUUGCACUCAACAAGGGGGCACCAAAACUUGUAUAGUUACAAUACUUCUUUUACAAUACAAAAUGCCAAUCUGGUUUGAUAUCUCUUCUCCAACUUGGUGGAUAAUCUUUGCGUAGAAAAGCAAAUAUUUGUGGGCGGUUAAGUGUGUGUUUGGAUGGUUUGUAGAAUUAAAUUUGGAUUAACAUGAUUUUAUAGAAUUCAACUCAAAUGAAAGUGAGUUUAAAUUAAUGGGAUAUAUAUUUGGGUAAAGUCAAUUUUCUGUCUAAAUAAUUUAUUCUACGCUUAUGUUUUUUUUUCUCAGACUAUAUAUCUGUUAUUCAAUUUGGACCUGUCAUUUAAUUUUCUUAUUAAACUUUGUAACAAUACAUUUUAAUUUCUAAUUAUUUUUU